CGCUAGGUCUGUCCCUUUGUUGGACCUCCCUCCUCCGGCUGAAAGGAAGCCAUGCCCAGAUAAAUCACUCCCACAGACUGGUAACCUGCACACUGGGGCCGGAGACUGGAGGGGGAGCGGACUGGGCGCAAAGUUUGGAGCGGCGCAGUUCAUAAAAAUUGCACUGGAACCCCAAACUCUCCGUCUCUGGUGAAAGAAAACGUGCACAAGGAGCAUCUGAAAGCCCGUCCUGCAGUGUGGUUCCAGCAUUAAAGAAAAAAAAAAAUGUCCGGCAGCCCUAUUACCAGGGUUCUGCUGGUGCUCUGCAUCGGGUGCGCGGUGAAUUGCAUGCCCAAAGAGACGCACAGGAGUCGGCGACAGGCGCAGCAGCAUCAGGUCCCCUCAGUUUCUCAGGAUGGCUGUAUGGAGAACGGUCAGUUCUACAAUGUUAAUGACCAGUGGGAGCGGCCAUACCUGGGCAGCACUCUAAUCUGUACAUGCCACGGAGUCGCUGGCAUCAAGUGCAAAAGCAAACCUGAAGCGGAGGAGACGUGCUAUGAUAAGAUCAAGCAGCGGUCUUACACUGUGGGAGAGACCUACGAGAGACCCAAGGACGGCAUGAUCUGGGACUGUACCUGUAUCGGCUCUGGGAGGGGCAAGAUCAGCUGCACCAUUGCAAAUCGCUGUCAUGAAGGAGGGGCUUCGUAUAAGAUAGGUGACACGUGGAGAAGACCUCAUGAAACAGGGGGCUACAUGCUGGAGUGUGUCUGUCUGGGUAAUGGCAAAGGAGAGUGGACCUGCAAACCUGUCGCUGAGCGUUGCUAUGACAACUCGGCGGGAACAUCCUAUGUUGUUGGGGAGACAUGGGAGAAGCCGUACCAGGGAUGGAUGGUGGUGGACUGCACCUGUCUGGGAGAGGGAAGUGGGCGCAUCACGUGCACCUCUAGAAAUCGCUGCAAUGACCAGGAUACCUCUACCUCCUACCGUAUUGGAGAUACAUGGACAAAGACGGACGCCCGAGGCAACCUGCUCCAGUGUCUGUGCACAGGGAACGGGCGUGGAGAGUGGAAGUGUGAGAGACAUGCUUCACUGCACACCACCGGCCUGGGCACUGGCUCUCGCUUCGUCACUAACAUCCAGCCUGCGGUCUACCAGCCUGUCACUGUGCCUGAGGUUCCCCAGGAGGGCGCCUGUCGGACAGAUACAGGGCUGACCUACUUCCUUGGCCAGCGUUGGAUCAGGAACCAGGGAACCAAGCAGAUGUUGUGUACCUGUCUGGGCAAUGGAGCCCGCUGCGAGGAUUGGGAUGGACCAGCUCCAGUGUACGGUGGUAACUCUGGAGGCCAGGCCUGUGUGUUCCCCUUCGUCUACAAAGGGAAGACCUACCACUCCUGCACCUCUGACGGUCGCAGUGACGGACAGCUCUGGUGCUCCACCUCCUCUGACUUUGAGACGGACCAGAAGUACUCCUUCUGCACAGAGAAAAAUGUGCUGGUGACGACACGAGGUGGUAACUCUAAUGGCGCUCUGUGCCAGUUCCCCUUCCUUUACAAUGGCCGAAAUUACACUGACUGCACUGCAGAUGGCCGAAGAGAUGGCAUGAAGUGGUGUGGCACCACAACAAACUACGAUGGAGAACAGCGCUUUGGUUUCUGUCCCAUGGCCGCCCAUGAAGAGGUGUGUACGACCAGCGAGGGGGUGAUGUACCGUGUGGGAGACCAGUGGGACAAACGCCAUGACGUCCUGGGUCACAUGAUGCGAUGCACCUGUGUUGGCAACGGGAGAGGGGAGUGGAGCUGCAUGGCCUACUCCCAGCUUAAAGACCAAUGUAUCGUGGAUGGCCUGACCUAUGAGGUGAACCAGACCUUCACCAAACAACAUGACGAAGGCUACAUGAUGAACUGCACCUGCUUUGGACAGGGGCGUGGCCGCUGGAAGUGUGAUGCCAUUGACCAGUGCCAGGAGCCGGAGACCAGAGCCUUCUACCAGAUCGGAGAGUCCUGGGAUAAGAUCAUCCAUGGAAUCAUGUACAAGUGCUAUUGCUAUGGCAACGGCGUCGGAGAGCUCAGCUGUGAGCCCCAGCAGUCCUACCCUGGUGGUCACCGUCCUGUCCAGGUCAUCAUAACCGAGUCUGGAAACCAACCAAACUCCCAUCCCAUCCAGUGGAACGCCCCUCCCUCUGCACACAUCAGCCAGUAUGUCCUCAAAUGGAGACACAAAAACACUAACAACCCGUGGAGGGAGGUGCUGAUCCCAGGUCAUCUCAACUCCUACACCAUCUCCGGUUUGAAGCCGGGCAUCCAGUACGAGGGUCAGCUGAUCAGCGUGCUGCGCUUUGGACGGCGAGAGAUCACACGCUUUGACUUCACCACCACUUACGGAUCACUGGCUAGAUCAGAGGGCGAGACCACCCAGCCUCCUCCUGUGGUCGACAUUUCAGAGUCGGUGACUGAGAUUACUUCGAGCAGCUUCGUCAUCUCCUGGAUGUCUGCCUCCGAUACUGUGUCUGGUUUCCGCGUGGAGUAUGAGCUCAGUGAGCAGGGACAGGGCACUGGACAGCCCGUGGUGCUAGACCUGCCCCGCACAGCUACCUCAGUGAAUAUCAAUGAGCUUCUCCCUGGCAGGAAGUAUACCGUUAACGUCUAUGAGGUUACAGACAGCGGAGAAGACAACCUCAUCCUCACUACAUCACAGACCACUGCACCUGAUGCGCCUGUUGACCAUGAGGUGGAGGAUGUAGGAGAGACUUCCAUUAUGAUCAGCUGGGAAAAACCACUUGCUCCCAUCACUGGCUAUCGUGUCGUCUACACCCCGUCAGUAGAGGGCGAGAGCACAGAGCUCACCCUCCCUGAUACAGCAACGUCUGUCACCCUGAGUGACCUGCGGCCUGGCAAGUUGUACAACAUCAGCAUCUACGCGGUGGAGGACAGUCUGGAGAGUGAGCCCAUCUUUGUGCAGGUCAACACAGCCGGAGAUCCACUGCCAGAGGAGGUGGCUUCUCCUACAGACCUGCAGUUCUUCCAGGUGUCGGAUGGAAAGAUUGCCCUAACCUGGACUGCCCCGGCCGGUGAUGUGUCAGGCUACCGGGUGACUGCAGCCCCAGUUGACGAGACCGGUACACCCCAGAGGGAGAUGACUCUGCCUGUCAGUCAAAACACCUAUGUUGAAGUGACACACCUACAGCCAGGAACCCUGUACCGCUUCAGUGUCUACACAAUCCACAAUGGAGAGGAGAGUCUGCCUCUCGUGGGGGAGCAUGCUACGAAGCCCGAUGCGCCCUCAAACAUCCACUUCACCAAUGUGACAGAAGACAGCGCUGUGAUGCUGUGGUUCGCCCCCCGUGCCAAAGUCACCGGCUACCGUCUGUUCCUCACUGUGGAGGGCUCAAACCCCAAGCAGCUGCGCCUGCCUGCCCGCCUGUCUGAGUACACCCUGCUCAACCUGAGGCCGGAUACAGAGUACACUGCCACGCUGCACGCAGAGCAGGACUACACCCUGAGCGAAGGAGCGACUGCAGUGUUCAUGACCAACCCUCCUAUGGGCAACGCUCCUCACUUCAGCACAGACGUGACCGACACCUCCAUCAUCAUCUCCUGGACUCCAGUGCCCCGUAUUGGAUACAAGUUGACGGUGCGUCCCAGUCAAGGCGGAGAAGCCCCCAGAGACGUCACCUCUGACUCAGGAAGUAUUUACAUUUCCGGUCUGACCCCGGGAGUGGAGUACACCUACAGCGUACAGCCGGUCAUCAACGGUCAUGAGCAGGGCAAUGCAGUCACACGCCGCGUUGUCACACCUCUCUCUCCUCCCACUGAUCUGAACCUGGAGUCUCACCCAGGCACCGGAGAGCUCACUGUCCAAUGGAACGGAGCCAAGACACCAGACAUCACUGGCUACAGGGUGACAUGCACUCCCACCAAUGGGCAGCAAGGAAACAGCGUGGAGGAGUUUGUGGAGGCGGGGCAGAACUCCUGCACCCUGGACAACCUCAGUCCCGGAGUGGAGUACAACGUCAGCGUCGUGACGGUUAAAGAUGACAUGGAGAGCGUGCCUGUAUCGACUACCAUUACCCCAGAAGUCCCGCAGUUGACUGACCUCAGCUUUGUCGAUGUGACCGACACCACUAUCGGUCUGCGCUGGUCUCCACUCAACACCACCACCAUCACUGGUUACCGGGUCACGGUGGUGGCCGCCGGCGAGAGCGUGCCCAUCUUUGAAGACCUGGUGGAACCGACAGCUGGAUAUUAUACAGUCUAUGGCCUGGAGCCCGGCAUCGACUACGACAUCAGUGUGAUCACUGUGACGGAGAAUGGCGAGAGCGAGCCGACCACGCUCACUCAGCAGACUGCUGUACCGGCCCCCACAGAUCUGGGUUUUGGCCAGGUGGGACCAGACACUAUGGAAGUCACAUGGGUUUCUCCUCAUGUCCCCAAUCGUGCUGACAUCAACAGCUUCCUCAUUAGGUACCACCCCAUUGAUGAUGAUGAUGACACUGUAGAAACCAGUGUGGGAGGCCUGACUAACUAUGUGGUGCUAAGGAACCUGCUGCCCAACACGGAGUAUCUGGUGAGCGUGGUGUGUGUUUAUGAGCAGAGAGAGAGCUCACCUCUUGUCGGCACCCAAAGAACAACCCUGGAUUCACCAGCGGGCCUGCGUUUCUCUGAAGUCUCCACCAACUCCUUCACCGUCCACUGGGUGGCUCCCCAGAGCCAGAUCACAGGUUACCGUAUCCGCUACCAGAUGUCCACUGGUGGGAGGGCCAAGGAUGAGAGGCUUCCCCCAUCUAGGAGCCACUUCACCCUGACAGGACUCACCCCGGAGACGGAGUACCUGGUCAGCAUCUAUGCGGUCAGUGGGACACGGGAGAGCCUGCCGCUCAAUGGGAAACAGAAGACCAUCUCUGAUGCUCCCACAGACCUGGAAGUGGUCGACUCCUCCCCUACUAGCAUCACCAUCCGCUGGGACGCCCCCUCUGUCACUGUGCGCUACUACAGGAUCACACAUGGAGAGACAGGAGGUCACAGUAAUCCUAAGGACUUCACAGUUCCUGGCUCUCAGUCCACUGCCACCAUCACUAACCUGAAGCCCGGUACUGAUUACACUAUUACUGUCUACGCUGUGACUGGUAGAGGAGACAGCCCUGCGUCCAGCACCCCUAUCUAUGUCACACACAAGACAGACAUUGAGUCUCCCUCUGAGAUGGAGGUGACAGAUGUAAAAGACAGCAGCAUCACAGUGAGGUGGAGCCCCGCCAAGGGCCCAAUCCAGGGGUACAGAGUGACCGGGGCCCCCAGGAAUGGACAGGGACCCUCUUUCUCUGAGGUGGUCGCUCCAGACCAGACAGAGAUGACUUUCUCAGGCCUGUUGCCGACAGUAGAGUACAUUUUGAGUGUGUAUGCUCUGGGACAAGAUGGAGAGAGCUCUCCACUGGUGGAGACUGCUAUAACACAUGUAGAUCAUCCCAAGGACUUGACCUUCUCAGACAUCGACUCCACAUCGCUGCGGAUCACCUGGGACAGUCCUGAGGGAGUUGUUACAGCUUACCGCGUCUUGUACGCAAGUUCUGAGGAGGGCGAGAGAGAGCUGCAUCCUGCGCCUCGACCGGACGCAGAGUCAGCUGUCAUCUAUGGUCUGCGACCCGGGACUGAAUACACCGUGAAGGUCAUCGCCCUGCACGACCACACUGCCAGCACACCACUGGUGGGAACACAGGCCACAGCGAUCCCAGCCCCCAUCGACCUGCAGUUUUCCCAGGUUGGCCCGACCUCCUUCACUAUGAGCUGGUCUCUUCCCGGUCAGGCUAACAGGCUGACGGGGCUGACUGGCCUCACAGGCUACCGAGUAGUGGUUAAUCCCAAGAACAAAAGCGGUCCCACCAAAGAGAUCAACCUGGCCCCAGAUACCACGCAGGCACAUGUACCCGGACUCAUGGUUGCAACUACCUAUGAGGCACAUGUUUAUGCUCUGAAGAACUCUCUGACCAGCAGGCCACUCCAAGGAGAAGUCACUACACUGGACAAUAUCAGUCCACCUCGUCGGGUGCGUAUCUCUGAUGUUAAGGACUCCUCCAUCACUCUGACCUGGCGCACCAAGACAGAAACCAUCUCUGGCUUCCUGGUAGAGGCCACACCCACUUCCUCAACAGGCCCCGCUCCCAUUCAGAGGACCAUCAGCCCUGACAUGCGCUCUUACACAAUUUCAGGUCUGCAGCCAGGCACCACUUAUAAGAUCAGCAUCUACACACUAAAUGGGAAUGGACGCAGUGCCCCGUUCACACUCACUGCCACCACAGCCAAACCAGUGGUCAUUCCCCCAACCAAUAUCCGCUUCACCUCCCUGACUCCCACUAGCAUCUCCUUCACCUGGGAGCCUUCUCACAGUCCAGGGGUCACUGGCUAUUACGUCACCUAUGAGGAGGCCGGGGGUUUGCCUCGAGAACUCACCCCCAGACCCCAUGCUGGCCAGAGCUUUGCUAUUGUCAGUGGUCUGAAACCAGGAACAGAGUAUGUAAUUAAGAUUGUUGCCCUGCAGAACGCUUUGAGAAGUACACCUCUAAUUGGCAAGGCCAGAACCCAGCCAGUUUCAGACCACCAGCUGCUGGUCCCCGAGCUGCCCCAGCUUCCUGUCCCUCACCGACCCACCACUGACAUCCUAGAUGUCCCAGAGUCCUUCAAUGACAAGAGUUUUGACUCCAACCAUGUCCAUAUGGCUGGGACCAGUGGUCAGAUCCGGCCAGGCCAGCAGGGCCAGCACAUCUACACAGAGUACCAGAGCCUAGGCCCCAAUAAUGGACUGAAUGGUCAUAACAAUGGACCCAACGAAGGUCAGAGACCCACACUCAGAGAACCCCUGGUCUACAUCCCUGUUCCAGGCCCUGAUGGAAAUAGAGUACCCUUGGUCAAGGUGAGUGAGGGUCCACUGCCCGGUCUGCCGUUUGGUUUCCCUGACAACGAGACAGAGUUGCCCCAAGAAGCACAGACAAUUACAACCAUCUCCUGGCAACCCAUCCCUCACAGCUCUGAGUAUGUGGUGUCCUGUAAUCCUAUCACAAACCUAGAGGAGAGAAACGUCCAGAUGCGUCUGCCUGGCAGCUCCACCAGUGCCACGCUGAUUGGUUUGACAUCUGGAGCGUCCUAUAACGUCAUUGUAGAGGCCGUGAGGGGCGGGGCUACAGAGAAGGUUUUGGAGGAAGUUGUAACCGUUGGCAAUGCUGUGCCAGGUGACAUCCCGAUUAAUACCAACCGUGAUGUGUGUUAUGACACGUUCACACACACCUACCAUGAGGUGGGCUCCGAGUGGGAGCGCAUGUCUGAGACGGGCUUCAAGCUGUGGUGCCGCUGCCUGGGCCUGGGCAGUGGCCAUUUUAGGUGUGAUUCAUCCAAGUGGUGUCAUGACAACGGUAACAACUACCGUAUUGGUGAGAAGUGGGAUCGGCACGCUGAGAACGGUCACAUGAUGAGCUGCACCUGCCUGGGCAACGGCAAGGGAGAAUUCAAAUGUGAACCACAUGAGUCAACAUGUUACGACGAUGGAAAAAUGUACCAGGUUGGAAACCAGUGGCAGAAGGAAUACCUGGGUGCCAUCUGUACCUGUACCUGCUAUGGAGGACAACAGGGCUGGCGUUGUGAGAACUGCAGAAGGCCGGGAGGACAGACUGAGGUGGACGUUGACGUCUUGCAACCCGUUAGCUCAGAUGCUUACGAUAGGUACAGAGAGAAUGCUCUACGCAAACUGAACAUCCAGUGCCCGAUUGAAUGUUUGAGACCAGAGCUGCUUGCCGACGCUCACAGCCCCUCAGAGUAGAGAAGAGAGGAGUAAAGGAGGAUGAAGAGGUGACACCGAGGAGUGCCACCACCCACUCAACAAGAAAGCCUCCUCCUGCUUUCAUAGAAGAGCACAUUUCCACCCGCUGUGUGCCAAAAAGACUCUACACUAAAUCUUUGUCUUAACAAAGCCCUCUCCACACCAAUUUAGUGCCUUUUAACAGUAUUUUCUACACCAAACUCCUUUUUCAAAAAUCCAUCCAACCUGUCAUGUUGUUGGCCCUGAGCAAUGUUUUAACAAUUAAUAAUAAGGGUCUAGAUCAUCUCCUCCUCAAUACAAAUCAGGAUUUCUUCAUCUGAUGUGUUGUGGAACUAAUAAUAAUAUGUCCAAUCUAUCCGAGCACCAUGCCUGCUGCUUUAUCACCUCAAGCCUUCCUUCCCCACUCACUGCCUGCCACACACACAUACACACACAGAAACAUUCAUACCAGAUGCUGUGAGUACUGGGGUUGUGUAUUUUUUAUUGUUGUGUUAUGAUUUUUAUUUUAAUUUGACACAUUCCAUGACAUUUCUCAUUGUAUUGCUUUAUUUUGAUCAGGACAAAUCAUAACCACUCAAAAAUUGUGUAAUUUGUAAUGUAUUUCCUUGAUCCUUGAGUGUUCCAGUGAACAAAGAGUUGUACUGCAAAGGAAUCCCAAAUCCAUACAGGACUUUGUGUGUGGACUCGUAACUCUGAAUCACAAUUCUCAGUUCACUGUGAUGUGAAAUACGCUAAGAGACACAUUUAAACAUUUUCACUUUCCAUCUCAACUUGAAUGACCCUAAAAGACCUAACAGUCACAGUCAUAAUCACAUUUAAAUUCUUGGUAGCAACAGAAAUUAACAAUACACACCUGAAAAUGUCCUUUUUUUUAAUCUUGAGUGGUCAGUCUCCUGGUAUUUUGAUAUAAUCAGUGCAGUUGGUUAUUUGCAUUUCUCUUCAAAUGAGUAGAUAUAUAAAAAAGAUCCCUUAAAAAACAAGCACUGUUACUUUUAAGUAGGUAUUGAAACACAUAGCCUUGUUAUCAGUUUAAUUUCCAGUUGUCAAAUAGAUUUUAUUCAGCCAACUGUAAUGAAUGAGUGUUAACAAGUAAAAGAGCGGUAGCUAUAAAAGUUGGGUGUUGCACCUAACAAAUCCAAAGCCGAAGCUGACUGACCAAAAGUUCCACUUUUGACCUGUUACCUCUUUUUCAAAGACGUAUUGGAAAAACUGCUAUUGUAUCCAGAUGAGAUGCAUUCUAGUUUUAAAAAAAAAUGUGUGUUUGUAAUGUUUGAAUUUUUUUUAUUCAUUUUUUUAUUUAUCCCUUUUAUCCAAGCAUUUUGUUUUAAUGCUAUUUGGGGUGUACACUUUAUUUUUUUGAUUAACUUGUUUUUAUAUUGUUGGUGCCAAAGUCUACUGUGGACUGAAUCUUUUUAAUAAACAGACAAAAAAUCCAA